CUAAAGAGAGGCCUGACGAUUACACGUACAGCUCAUGGAAUAGACCACCUGUCUGCUGGCGCAAAAAGCCAGACAAGCAUUUUAGACCUUGCUCAAGACACCACCACUCGCUUAUCCUGCUACUUUGUAAUUCCAGCUUGAUACCGUCUUUUUACUUACCAAGCUCGAAGCUGUCGAGUCGCCAUUGUACUUACAACACUUGCCCAAGAUGGAGGACCGCAAUAAGAUAUCCCUCCGCAGCGGCAAGAGAAAGAAGAGGCCAACUAUCAGUGCUCCUCGCCAGAUCUCAGGUCCGAUUUCUCAAGAUGAUACAAACAGACCGCCUCCUCCAGGCGACCCGGGCCAAGCUCGUCCUCGCCCGCGUCCUCCCCCGAUGGCUGGUGGAAAGACCUCGGAUCUUGUGAAACGACGAUACUCGACUCGAUUUAAUCAACCGCCCUCAGGUCCCAAUGGCGCCGCACCUCCAAUGCCGCAGAUGCCCUCGCUUGGCAAUUACGAGCCUCCGACUGCUGCCGCCAUCAGAAAGCCUCCCUCGCGUGCGGGACCUGGCGUUGCUCCAGUUGUCGAUAUUAAGGGUCUGCGAGAUCCGAAGCUGAAGCCAGACCGUUACGUUCAGGCUGCCUUAAGCGAUGCAACCGAAGACCAAAUCCGCGAAUUCGAAGAUUCGUUGCGAAAAGUCAAGACGCGAGUGGGAAUGGAUCUACAACAGAGCGUUAUGCAAAACAGAACACAGUUUAUCAAAAUCAGCAAGGAAGCGGAAAAGCUAAAGAGCGAGAUGAGGAAUCUCAAGAACUUCAUGUCAGAGCUCAAAGUCAACACUACAGCUAUGAGAGCUGCCGCUGCCAAGAAUGAUGAUUCAAUGCCAGGGGAUCUCGUAAGCGCUCCUGGUAUCAGCAGCAGAAGAGACAGGCGCACCUCUAUUGCCGAUAGAAGCGCCAUGUGGAACUCACAAAUGCAGGCCCUGUUCAAGGGUGUUGAAGGAUCGCAAAAGUUUCUCCCUAAUGCGGCGGGACGUCAUGUUGUCCAAGACGCAGGGCCUUGGAUUGAGCUUGAUAAUGCUACAUACAAGUCGCGCCGAGCGAUGCAGAUCUUUCUGCUUAAUGAUCACCUCCUCAUCGCAUCGCGUAAGAAGCGAAAAGCAGAUGCGCCGGGUUCAGACGCACGAGGGCCGAUGAUGAAGCUGGUGGCCGACCGUUGUUGGCCGCUAUUAGAUGUCGAAGUGGUGGACAUGUCCAGUACUGGAGAAUCUUCGACUAGUGGACGCAAUAAGCUUGCAGAUGCUAUUAUGGUCCGGGGUGUUGGCCAGGAAUCUUUCAUCUAUCGGACGGAGAAACCCCAGGACCCCGAGAAGAAGCAGCUACUCCUCAAUGUGCGCAAGGCUAUAGAACAGCUUCGCAAGGGCCUUCGAUCGGAGAUGGAGGCUAACAACAAGGCGCGUGAAACGAUCAACUACUUCGCCUCUCGCGAUCCCGGUCUUCUUCAAAAGACUGAGCUUCUAGCCACGCUGUCGGACAUCAAGGAUAUGCUCAUUGAAGUCGACGGCAAACAGCAGAACUUGCGCUGGGUUGAGAGCGAGAUGGAUGACCUCGACAUAGACAUUGCGAUGCAACGAUUCGAAGACGCUGUAGCUCGUGUCGAGAAGCUCAAGGCGAUCGCUCGUGGGCUAAAGAACCAUGCCAUUGCUCAGGACUUUAUCAACUUCAAGGUUGGCGAACGAUGUGCUAAAUUGGCGGACAUGAUUGUUCGUGAGUUGGAACUGACGCACGAUAACAACACAAAGACAAGGCGGAAUGUCAGCUGGUUGACGAGACUUGGAUUUGAAGAUAGCGCCCGAGAAUCGUAUCUGGCGGCGAGAAGUGGCACUAUCCAUAAACGAACCAGGCAAUGCAUUUUCCAGGGAGACUUGCAUUUGUAUAUCUGGGAACUCUCGUUUGUGUACUUUAUGGUUAUCCAUAACACGGUGCAGUGUUUCCAAUCUUGCUUUCCACCGCCCAUGAUGAGUGUAUGUGUUAAAUGGGCAAAGGAGGAAGUAGAUGCGUUCAACGUCAUCCUGGCACGCCAACUUAGUAGUACGGAGCCUGGGGGACAGGUUUGGACUCAGUGCAUGGAGAGGGCGAAGGAACAUUCUAAGCUGUUAUCGGAAGUGGGCCUUGACUUUGAGAACUUGGUCGGAAAGAACUUGUUGAACUAUGAGCGUGUGGAAAAGGAGGCUUCUGUCGGACUGGGGUUGUCAUGAACAGGAAGUUUAAGGUAUCGGUUGAGGUGGAUGGAUUGGUUGGCGUCAGUAACCCUUUGGCUACCUUAUCAGCGUCACAUAUUACUCGUAUGGCAAUACCCAGGCUGGAAUUGGAGUGCCAUUGUAGCAAUUAUCGAAGAAACGAAGCUGGUUAUGAUCAGAUGAGGCCCAAGUGAUGUUGAUGUAGCUGUUAUUAGAGAGAGAAGUCAAGCCACACCCGUCGUCAGACAAGCUUUGGGCUGCAGCCAAGGUACCGCGACUUGAUGACCACCGUCAUUCAGUGUUGAAGCGCCGCAUUCAGAAAUAGG